CACAACUUGAAGACUGUCUGACUUAAAUGUAUUUGUCAAUAACACACGUAAUAACACAUGCAGUUAAUCUGUAGGUUAUAUCCUAACAUCUGAAAAACUGGGAAGAAGUCAACCAGGCAAAUAUAAUUCUACAUAAUGUCUCCUGCAAAAUCAGCAAACAAGGCAAGAGGGAGGAAACAGAAAGUCGAGGAAAGCAAGAAGGAAAAGGAAGAACCAAUCAAAACAAGAAAAGGGAGAAAGACAGGAUCUGAUAUUCUCCCUAACACCAAUGAGAUUGGCACAGGAAAAAAGAACGACAAAGGCAAAUGUAGUGAGGUACAAGGCAAAAAAAGAAAUAUAUUCAGUAAAGGGAAGUCCAAAAAAGAUAAGGUGAAAAAUGGAAAGACGGACCAAGCUGAGAAGUCACAAGAUGAAGAAACUGAAUCACCUAAAAGAAGGAGAAAGGGGAGGCAACAAAUUGACAAACCGUUAACUGCUAAGGCUAUUAGUAAUGGAGUCACAAGCAAAGUAAGCAAAGGGAAAGAAUCGAAUCCUAUUUUAAAACCCUCUGCAGUCAAAAUAGCCAGCAAAACACAUGAAGUUCGCAUUAAAAGGCGUGGUCAUAGAAUAGUGGACUCGGAGGAAGAUGAAUCUGAGAGUGAAAAAGAGAAAUCUGAACAUUCUGAGGAAAUGAGUGAAGAAGAGACAGAGGAAGUGUCCAAAUGUGUCGAGGAAAUUGCUGAGAUAGAAGCAAGUAAAGUGAGCAGUGAGGAAGAUGUAUCGGACACAGAUGUCAAAGUAAUGGAAGCGGUGAAUGUUGAAUCAAAGAAACAAUUGGAGGAAGGAGAGGAGGAGGCAAAUGAAGCCAUAAAAAGUGAAAUUACAGUAGAGUCUGAAGAGGAAUCCACCAGCAGUGAGGAGGAAGUAGAAUCUGAAGAGCAUCUCAGUGAUAAAGCUGAUGACAAGCAGGAGGAACCUACUCUUCCAUCCAAGAAGCCGCAACCACUCAAGCUGGCUUCAAACCUCCAAGGCCAGAAAGUCUUGCUGAAAACUAAGAUGCUAUGUAAAAAAGACCCUAUUACAGUGGAGAAGCCCAAUGAAAAGGCUCCAGCUUCAGAAGAAGCUGAGAUAAAUAGGAUGGCAGUCAGUAAGACUGAUAUAGUGAAAGGGAAGUCCAAGAUCCUAAAAUUGGCAAGUAAAUCAAAGAUAGUCAACAAGAUAGAAUCGAUUCAGAAGGAAGAAGAAACAGUGAGUCCAUCAAAAGUUUCAAAAGGUUUGCUUAACAAACAGUCCCUGAUGUUGUUUACAAUGAAAGGCAAGGGCAAAGAUGAUAAAAAUAAAAAUUCAACCAAGGUAGACCAGUCAGUGGAUGAAAUGAAUGUAGAAACUACACAGAAACCAAAAACAGAAAAUGUAAGAUUGGGCUUAGGAAUGGCAAGGAUUGCCUCUCUAAGAUACCAGGCAAAGAAGAAGAAAAUGAAUGAACAAACAGCAACAGAAACACAUGAGACUGGAGAUGCAGUAUCCUCAAAGUCAACAGAACGUUUGAUAGCACAGAAGAAAGGAGUGGCUACCUUGCAUCGUGUCUCUGGCUGGAUACAAAAGAAGAUUCCCCGGAGGUCCAGUGUUCGGCGAAAAUUCACUGCUGUCACGCAAGUGAUUGGAAUUUCAAGGUGGCUGCCUAGCCUGGUUUUGAAGAAGAAGAAUAGUCCCACAAAGUGCAAAAAGUCCCUCCUCUGCCAGAAGAUGGCCUUAAAAAUGGCUGGCAGUUCCAUAAAGACUAAUAAAAGGGUACCAAUCCCAGAAAAUACAAAGACAGAAUUGAGAACAGAUACACAGGAAAAGUUUUCUGAAGACCCAGGAGAAUCAUGUGAUGAAGCUUGUUCAUCACCGCAAGAUCCAGAAGAAAAGGCCAACUCAGGAGAUGCCAAAUAUGCAAUUGUAUUUCCUAGAAUGAACAAAAUUGGCAAAGGUGAAGACACUGUUGCUUCUGCUAGCACUAGCACAAGCGAUGGCCUCACUCCAGAGCGUAAACCUCCCAAACCUGGUGCUCGCCUGGUGCUUCCAGUGAAGCCAGAUCUUAACCUACUCAAGUCUGUUAAGAGGAGGAAUGCUACAAGUCAAGCUGAGAGAAACUCUGAAGAACAAGUGUUAGAAAGUAGAAAAGAAACAAAAAUUGACAAUACAGUACCAGCACUAGACAAUAAAGAUGAUGUCAGUGCCUUGCAAACAGCAAAAGGCAAAUUUGUGGGCUCACAGUUGAAUCUUACUAAACUAGCCUUGUCAAGGCCUGUUCUGGCAGGAAGCAGAAGAAUUGUGCAAAUAUUUGAUGGUGACCAGAGGGAUAAGAAUUUGGGCCAGGCAGUUCCAUCUGCCAAGGCUGAACCAUGGACAGAUGGUUUGGGGACAACAUUUUAUGAAGAGGAAGAAGAUAGAGAAGUGGCUGAACUGAUGGGUGAUGGCCUUCUCCCAUCAGUGAUAGAACUCCACUGGGCUCAGCAUCACCAAAUGUGUAGUGAUCCUCAGGACUGGCUGCGCAGUGAAAACCUGCCACCACAUCAAACCAGAGAGAAACUCACUAAGUGGACUGUCUAUGAAGAUGACGAACAUGCCCAAACGAUCCCUAUACGUGAUGGAAGAGGACCAUGGGUGUCAGAGGACCCAGCUCAGAAUAUGUUGGAGAGCAGGCUCAACAGCACUCAGGUAUUCAUGCCAGGAAGCAGCCAAGCUGUGGAAGUAGAUGAAGUGGAGGACCUGUCACAACUUGAAGAGGUGUGUGAAAGUUCAGUGUUGCUGAAUUUGAAGAAGCGGUUUCACCGGGACUCAAUUUAUACAUAUAUCGGCGAUAUGCUGAUAUCAAUCAACCCCUUUAAGCCCCUCAGUAUCUACACAGCGGAGUUGAGACAGCAGUACCAAGGCAAGGAGAAGCACAGUAAUCCACCUCAUGUUUAUGCCAUUGCGGAUGCUGCAUUUUGCCAAUCUCAAAAUACCACACAAGAGCAAUGCAUCAUAAUAAGUGGGCAGAGUGGAUCUGGGAAGACUGAAGCAGCAAAACUUAUUGUUCACUACCUGAGCUCUAUGUAUCAGGGUAGAAAUGACAACCUGCGUCAGCCAAUGGAUGUUUUGCCCAUAUUAGAAAGCUUUGGUAAUGCCAAGACAAUACUCAACAACAAUUCUAGUCGUUUUGGCAAAUACCUACACAUACACAUAAGGAGUGGUGUUGUUGUCGGGACUUCAUUGUCAAAAUAUCUCCUAGAGAAAUCACGAAUUGUGUUCCAGGCCAAAGAGGAAAGGAACUAUCAUGUGUUUUAUGAGUUGUUGGCUGGGAUGAAUCAAUGGGACAAGCAGGAUUUCUACCUGCAGGGAGCCGAGACUUACUACUACCUCAACCAGGGCGGAGCCUGUGAGCUGCAAGGGAAGAAUGACCAGCAGGACUUCCUGCUUCUUCUACGAUGUUUGGAGACAAUUGGCUUACGUGCUGAUCAGAUAAGCACAAUUUGGGCCAUUCUGUCAUCCAUUUUACAGCUAGGCAACAUCUGCUUCAGCUCUUAUGAGAGUGAGUCGUUUGAGGUGGCAAGGAUCUUUAGUGAGGCUGAAGCUCGCAGAGUGGGUAACCUAUUACAGGUGUCAGCUGAAGCCCUGCAGACUGUUAUUACGCACAGAGUUACAGAAACCACUUAUGAUAGGAUCUACUGCCCCCUGUCUGUGGAGUGUGCCAUUGAAUCCAGGGAUGCCAUUGCCAAGGCCCUCUACGCUGUGCUCUUUGACUGGCUGCUUGAGCGCAUCAACGAGUGGUUAAUCCCCACAGAGAUGGACAGCACUGUUGGCAUCGUGGACAUUUAUGGUUUUGAGGACCUCGGUGUGAACAGCUUCGAGCAACUGUGCAUUAAUUUUGCCAAUGAGCAGAUCCAACAAUUUAUGAACAAAGCACUAGUGUCACAGGAACAGGAGGAAUACAACUCUGAGCAGAUCCCAUGGUAUCCUGUGACCAUGAGGAGUUUCCAUCCCUGUCUUGAGCUCAUUUCCGCUCGGCCGUAUGGCAUCCUCCGCAUCCUGGAUGAUCAAACAUGUCUGCCUCAGGCUACAGACCACACCUUUCUGCAGAAAUGUCAUUAUCACCAUGGCAACAGUCCCUACUAUGCCAAGCCCAAGAUUCCUUUGCCCGUCUUUACUGUGUAUCACUAUGCAGGAGCCGUUACUUACCAGGUUCACAACUUCCUGAAUAAAAACCACGACCAAUUUCGUGCAGAAGUAUUAGAGCUCUUUGCACGCAGUAGAUUACAGAUGGUGUCAGGUCUGUUCCGUAAGGUGCAGGAACACUACAUCCACCAGAAACAGCUGCGUGCCAGAGGGAGAGGAAACCGGCACCAGGCUUCAACUGUAGCUGCACACUUUCAGCAAUCACUCACCGAACUCAUCACACGGCUGGACAGGUGUAAAAAUACAUUUAUCCGAUGUUUUAAGCCGAAUUACGUAAAGCUCCCUGGAAUAUUUGACGUGGAGUACAUCGCAACACAGUUGAAGCACGGAGGAAUCCUAGAGACAGUUCAAAUUAGAAAACAGGGAUUUCCUAUCCGUAUCCCAUUCAAGUGUUUCAUGGAGAGGUUUGGUGUGCUGUUAGCACAGCGGGCUGUAAACCUCUCUGAUAAAGAACUGGUCGUUUCCUUGCUGGAGUCCAUUGGUGCUGAGGACACGCAGUAUCAAUUAGGACUGACCAAGGUGUUUAUGAAGGAAUUAUUGUACCAGCAAGUGGAGCAGAAAUGGAGUAGCACUCAGACCUGGGCAGCCAUCAUUAUUCAGAGGAACAUCCGUGGCUUUAUCUGCAGACGCAACUUCCGUUUCUUCAAGCAGAAAGCCAUUAUACUCCAGUCCCACAUCAGAGGUCACCAGGCCAGGAAGUAUUAUAAGAGACUGAAGCACUCCUUUAACCAAUUCUGGGCAGCUCUUAUGAUUACUAGAAAUACAAUCAAGAGACGAAAGUGGAGGUAUAAUACUGGCUUUGCUUUGAUGUUACAGGAACUCAACAAGAGAACCAGAGCAAAGCAGGUGGUCAAAUCCCAGUCUACCUAUUCAGGGAUGGAUGUGGGAAUGCUGGAGAUCCCAGCUGAUCUAUCAGCUCGAUUGCGUAGUUCAACAGGGCGUCCACAGGGGUCAGGGGUCACAGAGGUAGCUCCACCACAGGUCAAAGCUGAGCACCGCCUCUCCCUGCCUCCUGAUAUCGACAGCUAUCCAUUCUCCCGAUACGCCAACACAGUUCUCAAGGAUGGAUGGUGCCAGGCUCAGGGUCAGGCCCUCCAGAGACCUCUCACCUCUCUGGAGCCGGGGGAUGCCCGCAUAGCUCUGGAGAUAUACAGACUGCUUCUCCGCUUCUGUGGAGACUCCGAGAUGACUGGAUGGCAGGAGCAGAUGUUGGGGAAUUACAUAGUGGAGAAAGGCCAAAGCAGACCUUCACUCAGGGAUGAAAUUCUGGCUCAGCUAGUCUAUCACACAUGGGGUUGUGAGGGUGAGGAGGGCUCACUGAGGGCCUGGUUUCUCCUGGCCUCCUGUCUCAGUGCCUUCACACCAUCUCCUUCACAGGAUAAACCUCUGCUCAAGUAUGUGUCUGACCAGGGUCCAGGAGAAUAUCGCUCUCUGUGUCAGCAUAAGCUUCUCACAUCUCUCCAGCUGCCAUCUCCUGCCUGUAGACAACACCCCCCUACUCAGCUCGAAUGGACUGCCAAUCAGAGAAAGGGGAAGAUGGUUGUGGAGGUCAACACCUUCAAUGAGGAGAAGCUAACAGCAGAAGUGGAGUCCUGGACCACAGGAGAACAACUGGCAUCCUGGCUCCUGAGCUUUAGAGGAGUGCCUGAGCUUCAGCGGGGCUGGACUGUGUCUCUGCUAGCUGAAGAGGGCUGGUCUGAUCUAAACGGCUGUGACUAUGUGAUGGAUCUUCUGGCUGGUGCUGAGAUUGAUGUUCCCUUGGGACAAACAUCUGCCCACCCUGAUUAUCUUUUCAGUGACAUGGGAGACAGGAUGAUGGCCUCGGAGUUGGAUGAGUUUAUCCCUCCUGCCCCCUCCAUGCAGGCUCCUGGCCUGCCUCCUUCUCAAGCUGCUCCAUGGGACACUUAUGGAGCCCGUGCGCCAAAGUUGGAUUCCUAUGUUGAUGACCUUUUCGAUCCUGUGCUGGAUCAGGGACCUCCAGAUUUUGAGCGAACGGCCAUACUGAACCGCAGGAUGAGGGGAGGAGGAGGGAUGCUCCCUAGCAUGUAUAAUGGAUCAGGAGUUCCUAUGCCAAUGCCAGCUUAUAAUAUGGGAAUGCCCAUGAAUCCAGCCAUGCCAGCCUAUGGGGCCACACCAAUGAUGCCAAAUAUGAUGCCUGGAGUUGCCCAAAUGCCUGUGAUGCCACCUAUGCCAUCUAUGGUGAUGCCAGGUGCAAUGGCACAAUCAGCUUUACCUACCAGCCCUACAGCCAUCAACCCCCAACAGCUGGCUGAACAGCAGCAAGCUUUCAUCAACCAGCAAGCGUUGCUCAUGGCCCAGCAGAUGACACUGCAGGCAAUGACACUGUCCCAACAGCAGCAGCAGGAGCAGCUGCAAAAACAACGCAAGCAACAGCAAAAGCAGCAGCAACAGCAGCAGCAACAGCAGCAGCAACAGCAGCAGCAACAGCAGCAACAACAACACCCACAACCUCAGAGUUCACAGAGCACCACCCCUCGAGAAGAGCCCACUCGCACCAUAGUGCAUAAACCCAACAAUCCACCUGUGCAGCAUAACAUCCCAGUGGUAGAGCAGCCUGCAAGAGAAGACAACUCUGCCACUGCACAGAAGCCAGAAUCAUUUCAGGAGAAGAGAGCUUUCUUCCAGAAGAUUGGAACUCAGGAACCCCGUUCAAAACCCCCUCCGAGGGUCGCCAAACCACUUAUCUAUGCCGCCCCAUCAGCCCAGGCCAGAGCUCCAUCUCCAAUUAAGCUAGAAGUGAAACCACCUCCAGAACCCAGUAAACCACCAGAGUCACCAAAACCGGAGGAGGAAUCCCCUCCACUGUCACCUUCUAAACCAGAACCCAGCAGUAACAUUCGAGACAUCAUCAGGCAGUACCAGAACCGGCCUCCUCCAGAGCCCAAGGUCUAUGAGCCUGUCAGGGUUCCUGCCAAGCACUUUGCAAAAAAGAAUGACCCUAAAGAGGAGGCACUGGCCAUUCUCAGAGCAAAAGGAACAGCCUCUUCACAGAAGAAACAGAAACAAUGGGUUGCUCCUCCACCACAAAAAAAAGAGCCACUAUUUUCUCCUCCUCCUCCUCCUCCUCCGGCUCCUCCGGCUCCUCCAUCACAGCUUGAAAAACCUGCUCCUCGCUCCAUCUCCAACAACAUGAAACAGAAGCAGCGCUCUCUAGCUGACCUCUUUGGCUCCCAGCGCUCUCAGGCCCCUCCCACCCCUCCCACUCCUCCUCCAGAACCCGCCCCUAUUCUUCCAAAUAACAUCCCUGACCCACCCCCUAUGGCUGCACCUGGACUAAGUCAGCUUCAGAGAAUGGGCAAUGAGGAGAGUGUUCGCUCCCAGCUACACAGAUUUUCUGCUAGUGUCUACUUCUCCUUCUCACAUAUGACUCGGAAGCUCUUCUUGCGAAAAGAGUUGUUCUACCCCAGAGAGAAGUUCACUCACCCAUAUAUCCUGAAUUUACUGUGUGAGCAGAUUAUGAGAGACACCUACUCAGAUGCCUGUGUGCGAAUUUCACGUGAAGAGCGGCGCAAAAUGAAAGAUUUGCUCGCACGCUUCCACGUCGGAAUGAGUAUCAGCGCUAUGCAGGAUGACGCCAUGAAGAAGAGGGUUGUCAUGGCAGCCAGAGACAACUGGGCAAAUUAUUUCACACGUCUCUUCCGUAUGAACGGUGGAAACGGAGACGAUACUCAGAUUCUUGGUGUUUCACAUCGGGGCAUCAAAAUGCUGAGGAUAGUCAAGGCAUCAGGCAUCAACCCAAAACACCUGAAACUGCUCCGGAGUUACAGCUAUGCAGAAAUGUUGUCUGUGGAGCAGAAGGGUGCUGAGACCGUUGUAAUCAGCCUGAAAAGUGAGGAGCUGCAGCUACGCUCACCACAAGCCCCGCAGAUAACUCACGUGCUGCGUCUCUUCCUCAUCGAGCUGACCAAGGGUUCAGAUUAUGUUAUUGCUCUGAAGAGCUAUGUGACAGAUGACAAGAGCCUGCUUAGCUUCCAGAAAGGUGAUGUCAUCAAAGUGCUGCAAAUGGACAGCCUCCAGGAUGGAUGGAAGUUCGGCUCGACCGGAGGCCGAUCUGGUCUUUUCCCAGCUGAUAUCACUCAGCCUUGUGCACCUCCAGACUACCACAGCAUGUGCAUGGACCGACAGAUUGAGAGGAGAAAAAGCAUGAGGACCUCUCUUACCUCCCUGAUGGCCCCCGGUAGACGCUCGGCCCGCAUCAGCACAAGUGCCGAGUCAGUGGCCAGUGAGCGCAGUGUUGAGGUGGUGUCAGUCCACAGCUCAGAGAUAGAGCCCCAAAAGUACCAUAUGACUGAGUUUGCCAGGAAGUACUUCAGAGAGGCUAUUCUGAGGCCAAAUGAGAGAGGCCAAGCCAAUGGAGUUAGAGAGCUGGAACAGAUGGUGCAAUACACAGCUGAACCUAUCAAUGAGUCUCUAAUCCUGUUUACAGACAACGAGCUCAGCAUUCUGGGUGUUCAGUCUUUCAUACAUGUGAUGCAGUUCAUGACUGACCAGCCCUUAAGGAAGGAUCAGACAGAAGGAAAGUGUGUCAGUUUUAUUCUACAGCUUGGGAUAGAGAACGAGUUCCUCAGGGAUGAGCUCUACUGCCAGAUCAUCAAACAGACCGCCAACAAUCCACGCAAGGAGAGUUGUGUACGUGGCUGGCUUCUGCUAAAGCUGAUCACUGGCUUCUUCCCCUGUUCCUCGACAAUACUGCCGUAUGUGAUGCACCAUCUACGAAGCUACAGUCAGGACUCCAACCACCCUUACCGAGACAAGUCUCAUGCAUGUGAAAAUAAUCUCAAACAUUCACUCACCUACGGAGGACGCAGAUAUAUUCCUUCCUAUGUGGAGAUGGAAGCCAUGUUGGCAGGUCGGACCACUAGGCAGUUGCCAAUAAUGCUCCCAGGUGCAGUGCAGUUCCCAUGCAAAGUCAACAGCUUCAGUGUGGCGAUUGAAGUCAUGACAGACAUUUGCACAGAGAUGGGUGUGAGUAAUCCAGCUGAGGUGAACGAAUUUUCCAUCUUUGCCACCCGUGGACAGGAUGGACAAGAUCGUCCCAUUCACCCAGAUGAGUAUGUGUUUGACUUCCUGCUGGAUGAUGAAUCAAUCUUACUCUCGUUCCAUCGUCUUGUCUGGAGACAUCCCCUGCGUUUUGAGAACGAGCUCUAUGUCGAGUUUCAUUACCAUCUGAUCUUGGCUGAUUAUCUGAGUGGGAAAUUCCUCCUGCCUGGUAACACACUUCAGCAGCAGGUGGCAGAGUUGGCUGCGCUUCAGCACCUCGCUCAGGGCUUCAAUCAACAACCUACACAGCAAGAGCUCAAGCAGUAUUUUCCCCAUAUGGAUGGAAUCAGAGCCAGUGACCAAAAUCUGUACAGUGCUACACUGAGACACUUUUCUCUCAUUGCAAAUGUCAAGCCUGCUGAAGCUAAAAUACGCUUCAUCGAGACUCUCAGUUUACUACACCUCUUUGGCUCAAAUAUAUUCAUGGCUCAGAAAGUCAGCCACAAAGGUUGUCCAUCACCCUGUGUGGUGGCAGUCAAUCAUGAACGCAUCAGCUUUCUUCACCCCAAAACACAGUUGUCAGCCUUAACAAUUCCAGUGGAACAGGUGAAGUCCUUGAGAUCUGUCAGUCCCAAGAAGGAAAAAGUGGCAGCAGUAGAGAUCAACUUUGGCAACCCACCACAUGUUAACAAAAUCUCUAUUUAUUUGCAACAGGCAAAGGAGCUUUGCCACAUCAUUGCUAUAAUCAUGGAGCUAGUGCUAGCAUCUACCAGGAACCACACAUGAACAUUUUAUUAAGCACUACACCAUUCUGCGAAUGGCCUACUCACCAGCAAGCAGCUCAGUGCCUGGAUGAAUGCUGAUGAAGAAUUUGAAGAGUUAUUACUAAUGUUUACUUUUAAAAACUAUUGUGAGAAUAUGCACAACUGUUCAUUUCUCUAUGGAUUACAAUCUGACCCCCUUCCUUGUGAUUAGUUUGAUUUAUUCCUUUUUAUCCUGAAAAUGUAGUCACCAACUUGAAAUUGUACUGAAGUCUGAAAUUUCAUUGGACUCAAAUGUUUUAUAUAAAUGUUUGUUUAUUUUUGAUUUUUGAUUAUUCCUUUGUUUUACAGAAGAAUAAUGAAGGCAAGUAUAUAGUCCAUGCUAUAAAUUAUUAAACCAUUAUUAAAACUAAAUUCAAAUAUAUAUCCUCAAUAUGUCUAUUUAAGU